GUAUCUAUUCUACAGAAUUGAUUCUUCUUUCUUUCUCGAUCAUUCCGCUUUUUUUUUUCUCUGCGCCAGCUAUCGCGCAUCUUGUCGGCUCUCGUGCUUCUACGAGCUUCUCCGACCGAGCCGGACGUAGCCCAAGUCAAUUAAACCACACCACCACAUAUAUCAAUUGGGCUUCUGAGCAGCUCCAUUGCCAAAAUGGUUCUCACUCACAGCACCAACCACACCUAUUCCCACCCCUUCCCGACCGUCACACUCGCCUACUUCCUCCGAUACUCCUCACCACAGCUCAACCCGUUCGCCGCCCAUGUCAUGAGCACCGACACCAUUUCCAGCCAUGUUGACCCUUCAACUCAGCGCCUGCACACGACGCGCCUUCAUCUGAAGAAGAGCCGUAUGCCCAAGGCUAUUUUCAAGCUGCUUCCUACGAGCGUCACGGGCGGAGGAUCAGGCGAGAAGGCCUCUUAUAUUCUGGAGACUACUGUUGUUGAUAUCCGUGAGGGAUGGAUGAAGACGGAAAGCCGCAAUCUCAACUUCACGGGUGUUCUCUCGGUAGUUGAGAAGCAGGACUUUCAGAUCCCCACAGACCCUGAAAGCUCAAAGACGUCCACCGAAGUCACAACCUCUGUCAUUUUCAAGUCACGCUUGGGUGAAAAGAUCCGUGGUCGCAUUGGCCAAGCCCAGGAAGACGGAUGGUUCAAUGGCUUCAUGGGAGGUUGGGGCACAAAGGGCAUUCAACGCAGCAUUGAAAGCCUUGCUUCCACCAAGACCGUUGCGCAGCUUGGCAAGAGCCGUGACGGCAUGAAGCUUGUUCUCGAGCGCAUCCGUAACAACGGCCUUAUCGGCGUUCUCGAGACUCUUCGAAGAGAGAGACAACGUCAGCAACUCUCCGUGUAACGACAUAUUGUAUUAUUUACCCGGCUGGCGCGGGACUCGGAUGCUUGAUAUCGACUGUCCAUCCCGCCUACCGCCCUUAACGAUUAUGGAUCAUGUAUCCCUACUGUAUAUUAACCCUACUUUAUUUUCACCUUCAGCCACGGCGUUUGCCAUAUACUUUGUUUUAUUUCCUAUCUCUUUUUGCAACUGUCACUACUCGUUCGCACCUAGCUGGGAGUUUGUGUUUAUGCCUUGAGCGUUGGAGGACGCUAUGGCUUUGCGCGGGAGUCGGUUUCAUUUUCCUAACAUUUCUUUUGGAGUUGGAGCGAAGCUGGGGCAACAGAUGACGGAGAUUGAGUUUGGACGUUCAUCGGCGUCCAGGAGUGUAUUGGCUGGCUAUGCCGCGGCAUGGCAUCCCCUCUCUUGUAUACAAUUAAAAGCGAAACAAAUCACGAAUUCAAUACAAAACGAAAUU